ACCCUUUCCUCUACACACACAUACAUGCACACACACACACACACGCACACACACACACACACAGUCUAACCUGUAGGCAUGUCACACUCCUGGACCUGCAGCGUACAUCAUGACAGAACUACAUGUCCUGUGCUCUCAGCUGGAUAUUGUGGAACACUACGUUUUUGAUGAAGAAGAGUAGAAAAGAUUGUCAUGUGUUGGAGGAUGUUCAGCAGGAGGCUGAGAUGUGGGUAGAAGGGACCAUGGUUAUGUUGAAGAUCUCUGCUUUCCUCGUUGCCUACGCCCUGGUUAUUUGCCAGAUGUACUGCUCACAAGCCGCUCCUGCCAGACCGGGUUUAGAGUCCAUGUCAGACCGAGUCACGCUCACGGACUACGAGGCGCGAAGGUUACUCAACGCCAUCGUCAAGGAAUUUGUGCAGAUGACAGCAGAGGAGCUGGAGCAGCAGGCAACUGAAGGAAACAGCAGCGUUACAGCACAGAAGCGAGCCUGCAACACAGCAACCUGCGUGACCCACCGCCUGGCGGACUUCCUCAGCCGAUCGGGGGGAAUGGGUAACAGCAACUUCGUCCCCACCAACGUCGGUGCCAAGGCCUUUGGCAGACGGAGGAGAAGCAUCCAGAUGUGAGCGCUCCAAGAUGCUGCAGGAAGAUGAGGUUGAAACCUGAAAAGGAAACCAUCAGAAAAAAUAACAAGAAAAAAACAUCACCCGUGAACAAAAAUCAACAGAACUGAGCAGAAAAAUAAACUGAACUGGCCCUUUAUCCACUCCUUCACCUUCUUACGGGAAAAGAACGGACGUUUUGUUCCCAUUUUCAUUCUGUUAGUGAAACCUUUUGCUUUUUGCAAAUAAGGGAGGAAAAAACGGAAAAGAAAAAAAAAGCACUUUACUUUAUGUAUAUGAACAAAUGAACUCCUUGUGAAAAAAAGAAAGAAAAAAAAACAUCCAAAUGGUUCCUCUUUUUUAUACAUGAAUAUCAUUGGAAAAUAAAAUGAAAGCAGCAGUGGUUAUCACUUUCUUAUUUUCCACCUUUCACCUCGUUAGAGCACAUUUCAGCCAUGCUACCUCCUCCCCUCUGCCUCUCUUUACUGAAAUCCAUAUUUCAACAUUCCCCAUUGUACGCCUUUCUCUUGAGGGUGCCCUGCUUUCCUGUGUGCCAGAGGGAUGCCAUUAAAGAUCAGCCUACCCAAGGCCCCCCCACAACGGCUGUUGUCUUGUGCCUUGAUGUAGAACAAUUUACAUGAACAUGAUUGUACAGCUCUGUUUCCAGAUGACCCGAAUGAGGAUGAAGAGAACGAUGACAGAUUCAUAUUGUAAACAAUAUUGUGAAAACAAAUUUCAGCAAGAUUAAAAUGUAUUUUAGAUACACUCGGGUUUGGGGUACUUGUGUUGUUCUUCACAGAUUUUUAUGCAGGUGUAGGAAAGAAACAAAAAAGAGAAAGUGAUUAAAUCACGUGAAGUUUAUAUUUGUAUUGUUAAUACUGAUAAAUACUGUCCAUGAAUUAUAAAUGACAUUUAGAACCUCUCAGGAACAGAAUACUUUGUGGUUUGUCGGUUGUAAAUUUAACAGAACUUCCCAUAAAGACAGAUGCACAGUCACACACUGCUAACAUGUAGCACACAUACAUAAGUGGUUAAAUAAUGGAAAUCAAAUUCACUGUUGCGCACAUUACUGCUGCACAAAUAAAUGUGAAAACACAUCAGCUCAUUGGAACUAUCUCUGACUGCCACUGCAGUAGAACUGAUAUGUUGACAUCCAUAUUACAAAAAAAAAAAAAAAAAAUGCAUGCAAAGUUGCAUAA